UGAGUUUUAAGAACAGAUGCACCGGUGGUGGUCGAAGGGUGGGGGCGGUGCGAUGGUGGAGGCACUCGCACAGUCCAGGGCCCACUUGUUCGACGAUCGUCUUGUCACUCGAAAGUGCGUUACCAUUCUGGCAACAUCAGUUUCAUGUGUCUAUUUCUCGUCCAAUCUUGUGCUCUUUCAUUGUGUCAAUAUUUUACAAUUCAUCUAUGAACUACUCAAAUCUCAUUCUAUCUCUUAUUAUUGUGUGGAAGUGUGAACUAAGUGACUUUGGACAUUUAGAAGUGCAUUCUGAAUAUGAUACAAUAAAAAGAAUGCUUUAAAAAAAUUAUAAAAAAUAGAAUAGAUUAUUUCUUCUUUUAUCAAUUUAUUAUAUAUUAAGAAAAAAAAAAAUGCCCACGGAAACAUUUUCAAGAGAGCUAGAUGCUCAUAUUGUGACCUUACUUACGAGGAUCUCUUCGUUGAAGGAAAAUAAUACAGAACUCUUGGAGAAGAAAGUGCCUAUGUCUAUAGAAGCUCGCAGCUUAGAACUUUGGAGAGCAGUGGCUGUCGAGUGUUUCGCUACUUUUCUUUUCAGUCUUAUCGUAUCUGGCGCAGCUGCGUCUUCCGCGGUUUCUGGAAGCGGACUCUCCGUCUUAGCCACUGCUGUAGCAUCCGGCUUUGCAAUUUCGGCAAUCUGCUUCAUUUUUGGUCAUAUCAGUGGUAGUCAUGUGAAUCCAGCUGUCUCAGUGUCUUUCGCUUUGUGUCGACGAAUCUCUUUCCUACGAGCUGCUCUCUACAUUGCUGCACAGUGUGGAGGUGGUAUAGCCGGUGCUGCAAUGUUGUAUGGAGUGACCACACCUUCGAACACGCAGACCUUAACUUCCCUAGGUCGUCUCGGGGGACCUAUUGAGAGGCUUCUCGUAGAAUUAACGCUUUCGGUAUUGAUAGUCUUGGCCCAUUUCACAUCGGAAUCCUCAAAAACGUUACCAAUGUUAAUCUCUUCAAAACCAGCCGGUGUAUUAGCCGCGGCUUACACGGCGGCUACUUUAGUUUCAAGCCCGUUUUUAAAUCCCGCCCGAGCACUCGGUCCAGCGUUCGUCAGCAACCGUUGGGACAACCAUUGGGUUUACUGGGUGGGCCCAUUGUCCGGGAGCGCGGUAGCGGCUCUCCUGCACGAAUACGUUCUGAAUUCGAAACGGUCCAGGGAUCCACGGGAUAUAGACGACGGCGACAAUUCAUCGAUGAGAUCUGACGAGGAUACUUACGACGAUUUGGACAAACCGUCCGGUCCCAAAUUCUCUAGCGCGUAUGCAACCUAUCGGCCAGUUGCCGGAGCAUCCUCAUCGAUCUACAGUGCACCUCCCACUGCCCUGGAACGCGUCGAAUCCAUUUACGGUGGGACGAAAUCGCUGUAUUGUAAAUCACCUCCCUUGACCAGAGCGAAUCUGAAUCGUUCGCAAAGCGUGUACGCAAAAUCGAGCAGUUCCGGGACACGGGACGGCCUGAUGAUCCCUAAACCGGGCCCCUUGGUCCCCGCCCAGAGCCUGUAUCCGAUCAGGAUAGGUCAAACGACAGGUUCGAGCUCGGGCAGGGAGGGUCAACAGCAAAAUGGUCAAAAUCAAAAUUCUCAAAAUCACAAUAGCACGAAUCAGAACAUGCAAAAUCAGUUGCAACAAUGCACGCAAAGUAUUUAUGGGAUAAGAGGGAUUUCUACAACUCUGAGUACAAGGGAGAAUGGUAUAUAUGGUGUAUCCACUGGGUCUAGUAUAUACGGGAGGGCCCCGGCUCCUCCGCCAAAUAGUCAAAAUUCUCAACAAUCGGGAUCAAACGUCCAAUCUUCUUCUCAAAAUCACCAUCAGCAGCAACAACAGCAACAGCAGCAGCAACAACAACAGCAGCAACAUCAGAAUGGAACAUUAUCCACCAACUCGGAUAACGCCGUGAACUCCAGAAGACCGGAGAGUAUGUACGGGCAUGUUUCCAGGCGUAGUGAUGAUUCUGCGUAUGGCAGUUAUCAAGGCUCGACGCGGGGGAAUUAUGGCAAGAUACCUGGCCCUCCUGGAUCAACAGGACCUUCCAACGGAUCAACCGGUCCACCUCAGUAUCGCGACCAAGGAAGACCUAGUCCAGCUGGGCCAUUACAACAAAAUCAGCAAAAUAGUUUCCAAAGAAAUUCGCCAAAUCCUCAAUACUGAACGUAAAUUUCAUAAAUUUGGUGAUAAAUAGAUCUUCGUUUAAGGUAUGAAAGUUGGUUAGAUUAGACAGUUUAAAGAGGACACGUCUCCUCCUGUACUGACAUUUAUGAAGUUGAUUGAAAGUUAAGAGCAGUCAUUGGAUAAAAAUGGAUAUGAUAAAUUUUUGUAACAACAAAAGUUAGAGUUAUAUUGCAGUGCCAUUUUAUAAUUGUUAUUAAAGAAUGUAGACGACAAUUCCAGAGAAUGCUUAAAUAUUGAAAUUGUCAUGUUUCAUGGGGAUCUUAGAAUAAUAUUGUAAUUAUGUUCAUCGUUUCCUCAAAGUGAGAGUGCAGGAUUUAGUUGAGAUUCUUUUUAGCAACAAUUUUUAAUAUAUUAUAUAUUUAAUAUACUAAUAAUAAUGAAUCGAAUAAGAAAAAAUAAUUGUUAUCCUGCAUUUUAAUAUA